AUGAGCUGUGGUGCAAUCGUAAACUUCGCAGCUACUGCGAAUAGGUUGAAAGAGACACAGGAAGAAAAACUGCACAAAUCAGCCGUUUUUGGUCCAAUCAGGACGAUAUCAGCGCCAUUCAAGGCACUUGUAUCUGAGUUGUCAGCAGACCAUAAAAAGAAAAAAGAAGAUUCAGUUCUGGAUUCUGUGGCUGGAAAGCUGGGUAUCUCCACCGAAGCCAUUCCCAUUCCCGUCAAAAAGCUAUCGGCUCCUUUGAAAACACUUACAUCCGAAUCACCACCAGAUCAUAAUAACAAUGACAGCGAAAAUGAUUUUUUGAACAUUGUUGCCCAGAAGUUUGAUGAAACAAAGGAUACAGUUGUUGGAAAAGCAAAGGAAGCAAAGGAAUUUGUGGCAAAGGAAGCAAAGGUUGUGAACGAGAAGUUGGAGCAAAUCACAGGAGAUUAA